CAAAGCGAUCCCUAAGAACCGGAUGAAGCCGCGGCACUCCUCAAAACUAGAGGUAAAAGCCGUAAUCACUGACCUUCCCCAGAAUAAGAGAAGAGAGAAGAGUCCAGGAGAAACCCUAAAAAUUGUGGAAGCCACUGGCUUGAUAUAAAUCAAUCAUAGACCUCUCGGUUGCUUUUCCCCUUAGUUCCAAUCGAAUAUAGUUGCAAUGUAUGCAAGGAGAUUGAAGUGUAGAAUACAGAAGUGGGAUUCUUUGCGCCUAGAAUUUUGGAAUUUAUCUAGGUUAAGCAGAAGGGGUGUUUCCCAAAGCUCUUAUAGCAGAUGCAGCCCUCAAAUUGAUACUGAUCCACCACUAAGAGACUCUCUUGUUAGAAAGUUCUGCUCACCUGCAAUUUCUCCUUGGAGACAAGAUAUAUUUAGUAGUAGGUAUAGUCCUAGCAUCUCAUAUAAUUGCUGUAGAUUUUACAGCUCUGAGGGUGAUGGAAGUAGUGCCAGUGGCGGCAAACACGUGCCGGUCAAAGGUGCCACUAAUUUUGAUAAGGAGAGUACAAGCAAGGAGGAUACUUUUUCGGAUUCAAAUCGCUGUAAUGAACAUGCUUGGCUCGGGGAACAGGACCAACUUGAUUGGCUUAACUGUGAGAAGUUAUCAAUUGAUAGCAAAAGGAAAGAAUGCCCUUUUCUUACCAAGAGAGAGCGGUUCAAGAAUGAGUUCAUGCGGAGGGUUGUUCCAUGGGAUAAGAUCAAGGUUUCCUGGGAUAAGUUCCCGUAUCAUAUUCGUGAACACACAAAGAACCUAUUGGUUGAAUGUGCUGCUUCGCAUUUGAAACACAAAAACUUUACAUCGUCUUAUGGUGCUCGACUGACCUCUUCGAGUGGAAGGAUAUUGUUACAGGGAUUCCCAGGAACUGAACUCUGUAGAGAAAGAAUAGUGAGAGCUGUUGCUCGGGAUUUGCAGGUCCCUUUGCUGGUCCUUGACAGCAAUGUUCUUGCUCCAUAUGACUUUGGUCAAGAGUGUGCUUCUGAAAGUGACACAGAUGAUGGUCAUGUGGAAUCGGGAGAAGAAUGCACAUCUGAAUCAGAGGCUGAAGAUGGAAAUGAUUUAAGCAAUGAAGAAUGGACAAGCAGUAAUGAAAGCAAAUCAGGUGAAAGCGAUGAUGACGUCGAUGUUCGAGCUUCUGCUGAGGCUCUCAAGAAGCUUGUGCCUUGCAGCCUUGAGGAAUUUGCAAAGAGAGUUGCUGGCGAAGUUGAAAGUUCCUCUACAUCAAAUGAGCCAGAUGCCACUGCAUCACCUGAGCAGUCAAAAAGACCAUUUAAAAAAGGGGAUCGCGUGAAGUAUCUUGGUGCUUCAGUUCAUAUUGAAGUUGAUAAUAGGAUCAUAUUGGGGAAGAUACCAACUUCUGAUGGCUCAACAAAUGCCUUUACAUUUGUUAGUGGCAGGUCUCUGUCUACUGGACAGCGUGGAGAAGUAUACGAGGUCAAUGGUGACCAAGUAGCUGUAAUUCUUGACAAUACUGGGAAUAAAGUGGAGGAAGAAAAUAGUGAAACUACCAAGGAACAAGAUGCAAAACCAUCUAUUUAUUGGAUUGACAUUCAGGAUAUUGUGCAUGAUCUUGAUACUCAGGCAGAAGACUGGUACAUAGCGAUGGAGGCACUUUUUGAGAUUUUACCAUCACUACAACCAGUUAUCAUUUAUUUUCCAGACUGUUCUCAGUGGUUGUCACGGGCAGUUCCCAAGUCCAACCGAAAAGAGUUUAUCAAUGAAGUGAUGGAAAUGUUUGACCAGAUUUCAGGACCUGUUGUUUUGAUCUGUGGACAAAGCAUAGUAGAGUCAGGGUCGAAGGAGAAAGAAAGAUUGACAAUGUUGCUUCCUGGCCUUGGUCGUGUUGCUCGUCUGCCCCUGCCAUUGAAGCGAAUAACUGAGGGUUUGGGAGCAAGUAAAUCAUCAAAAGAAAAAGAUAUAUGCAAACUUUUCAGUAAUGUUAUAUUUAUUCACCCACCUGAGGAAGAGGAACAAAUCAGAAUAUUUAAUAAACAAAUUGAAGAGGACCGAAGAAUUAUCAUAUCAAGGAACAAUCUCAUUGAACUCCAUAAGGUUCUUGGGGAGAAUGAGAUGUUGUGUAUGGAUCUUUUGCAUGUGAAAACUGAUGGUGUAAUCUUGACGAAGCAGAAAGCUGAGAAAGUUGUGGGCUGGGCUAAAAAUCACUACCUAUCCUCUAGUCUUCUUCCCUCCAUUAAGGGUGAUAGGUUGAUGAUACCCUCUGAAAGUUUGGAUAUUGCAAUUGCAAGAUUAAAGGAAGAGGAAUCAAUCUUCAAAAAAUCCUCACAAAUUCUAGCGACUAUUACCAAGGACGAAUUUGAGAAAAACUUUGUCUCAGCGUUAAUUCCUCCAGAUGAAAUAGGUGUAAAAUUUGAUGAUAUUGGUGCCCUUGAAGAUGUGAAGAGGACAUUGAAUGAGCUCGUGUCACUUCCUAUGAGGAGGCCAGAACUCUUUUCACGUGGCAAUCUAUUGCGGCCUUGCAAAGGGGUGUUGCUGUUUGGUCCUCCAGGUACAGGAAAGACACUUCUUGCAAAAGCACUUGCAACAGAAGCUGGAACAAAUUUUAUCAACAUUACAAGUUCCUCACUUACAUCUAAGUGGUUUGGAGAUGCUGAGAAGCUCACUAAGGCUCUUUUCUCAUUUGCCAGCCGGCUUGCCCCUGUGAUUAUAUUUAUUGAUGAGGUUGAUAGUCUGCUUGGAGCUCGAGGUGGUGCUUUUGAACAUGAAGCAACAAGAAGAAUACGCAAUGAGUUUAUGGCAGCUUGGGAUGGAAUGAAGACGAAGGAUAGCCAGAGGAUCCUUGUCCUUGCUGCUACAAAUCGUCCAUUUGACUUAGAUGAUGCUGUAAUACGGCGGUUGCCAAGAAGGAUCUAUGUGGGCCUUCCUGAUGCAGAGAAUCGAAUGAAGAUUCUGAGAGUACUUCUUUCUCAAGAGAAUCUUGAACCUGGCUUUAGAUUCAAUGAACUUGCCAUUGCAACUGAAGGAUAUUCAGGAAGUGAUUUGAAGAAUUUGUGCAUUGCAGCUGCUUAUAGGCCGGUUGAAGAAUUUCUAGAAGAAGAAAGGGAGAGAGGUAGAAGUGACACAAUGCCUUCGCUAAGACCACUGAAGUUGGAUGAUUUUAUUCAAGCAAAAUCCAAGGUGGGUGCUUCCGUAGCUUAUGAUGCCACCAGCAUGAAUGAACUAAGACAAUGGAAUGAUCAAUAUGGGGAGGGUGGGAGCCGAACAAGAUCAACAUUCGGAUUUGGGAAUGCUAGUCACCGACGAUGAAGUAUCUUGUAUUUCUAAAUGAGACACCUCUCUUCACAUUUUCAAAUCCAUGUAAUCGACCAUCAAAGUAUACUACGCAUCUUUUAUAGGCAUGCUAGUUCCUUUUUGGUUCAAUCAUACUAAUUUUAGGAUAGCAGCAUUUCUUUAUUCGGAGUAUCUAUUUGUAAUCUUAAAUUGGUUCGUCUCCUCAACAUAAACGAUAGCAAAUGCCUCUUUUACCCAAUAGGAGGCCUUUUUUCUUGGGUGUUCUAUUCCUGCCCCAAACAUAACCCCUUGAGUCAAAGUUCAGUGUAUUCUCAUGCUGAUUAUUCUUUUAAAAUCAUGACUCCAUUGUGCUGA